UUCCCGCAACUCGUCUUGGCAGUUGGCAUUUGAAGAGAAAUCAUCCGAUAAACAAAAUUGUUGCUGCCAAUUUCAAAUCAUCCCAAUCAAAAUUCCUCUUCUGAUUUCUGAUUACACUCUUCAUUUCCACCCUCCUAUAUGCUCAUCACGUUUUCCAAUGCGCUCUUUAACUCUCAAGUUGAGAGACUGAAUAUUUUAUAUGAUUCCAAAUCUGAGCUGUGUUCUUCUUCUUCUUCUUCUUCUUCCAGCUGUUAGUGGGAAGUCAACCGCAUAAGACAAAUCCUCAAUUAUCUCGAUUCUCGCCUCCAUUUGAGCCCCUCGAUUGCGGGAUCCUCUCUGUUUUCUCACAAAAGUUUUUGCGUGAAUCUUUUCGUUAUUCGGUAAGCCGCUGCGCGGUGACAUUUUUUGCUCGCUUUGCUUCUUCUUGAAGAUUUUCCACAGCCAUAACUACCAAAAUCCACUACCCAUUUCUUUGUUUACUGAUGUGAUUCGCUCCUUGUUCGGUUUAACUUCUAUGGCUGAAUGCAUUUGAGAGAACGAACGAACAAUCAUGGAGUUGAAGAAAGGGAAAUUCGUGCGGUUUUACUCCGAUGAGAACCAGAAUCUAGAGCUCCCAUGGGAGAAAAACGAUCCGAAGAGGCGCAUUCAUCUUCCAUUGCCAGUGUUCAAAGUUGGGACUGCGCCGUUAGCGAAAUUAGACGCUGGGGUUGGGGAUAAAACUAAAAUUAACUACGGCAAUCCAGAUUUAGGGAGGUCCAAGAUUUUCGUGGAAAGCAGUGGGCCAUUUUUUAAGAGGAUUCUUAACCCAGAAAGUGAAACCAUACUGAGAUGGAACAGGGUUUUCCUCUUCUCUUGCCUGACAGCUCUUUUCGUUGAUCCACUGUUCUUCUACCUUCCAUCAGUGAUUCACCAUCACAGAUCAUCUUGUAUGACAACUGAUUUCAACUUGGGAAUUGUUGUGACUGUUUUUCGCACUUUUGCCGAUGUGUUCUAUCUGUUUCACAUGGUUUUGAAAUUCCGGAUGGCUUAUGUAUCACCAAUUUCAAGAGUUUUUGGAAAAGGUGAACUCGUCACUGAUCCAAAGAUGAUUGCAAAACGCUACUUAAAGUCGGAUUUCUUUAUAGAUCUCAUUGCUUCUCUGCCUCUUCCCCAGAUUAUGAUAUGGUUUAUCAUGCCAGCAAUUAGAAGCUCUCAUGCGGACCAUACAAACAAUACUCUUGUGUUGAUAGUCUUGCUUCAGUAUAUUCCAAGAUUCUACCUCAUUUUCCCAUUAAGCUCCCACAUUAUCAAAACUACUGGUGUUGUCACCAAGACUGCUUGGGCAGGGGCUGCAUAUAACCUUGUAUUGUAUAUGCUAGCUAGUCAUAUCUUAGGAGCAGCGUGGUACUUACUGUCGGUGGAGCGCCAUGCCAUGUGCUGGAAGUUGACCUGCAGGAGGGAAUUAAGUCCUGUGAAAUGUCUUCUUGACUAUCUGGAUUGUGGUACUCUAGAUUAUGUAGAUCGCAGGAUAUGGGAACUAAAUACUACUGUAUUUAGCCAAUGUUCUCCAGAUGAAGAAAACGUUUUCAAUUACGGGAUAUUUGCAGAUGCGAUCUCGAAAAAUGUCAUAUCCUCCAAGUUCCUUCAGAAGUAUUUCUAUUGUCUAUGGUGGGGCUUGCAGAACUUGAGUUCAUAUGGUCAGGGUUUGGACACAACCACCUUCAUUGGAGAAACUUUAUUUGCUAUCCUCAUUGCUAUAAUGGGUUUGGUCUUGUUUGCGCAUUUGAUCGGAAAUAUGCAGACCUAUUUGCAAUCCAUCACUGUGAGAUUGGAGGAGUGCAGGGUCAAGCGCCGUGAUACCGAGGAAUGGAUGAAACACCGACAGCUCCCUCAAGAUUUGCAAGAACGUGUGAGGAGAUUUGUUCAAUAUAAGUGGCUUGCAACACGAGGAGUUGACGAAGAGUCGAUCUUACAAGGCCUUCCAACAGAUCUUCGUCGAGAUAUCCAGCGUCACCUCUGCCUCGAUCUCGUUCGACGAGUUCCAUUUUUCGCACAAAUGGAUGAUCAGCUACUUGACGCGAUCUGCGAGCGGUUGGCAUCGUCUUUAUGUACACAAGGUACUUACAUUGUUCGUGAAGGAGAUCCCGUUACUGAGAUGCUUUUUAUCAUCCGAGGGAUGCUUGAGAGCUCCACAACAGAUGGAGGACGGUCGGGUUUCUUCAAUUCGAUAACCUUAAGACCCGGGGAUUUUUGUGGGGAAGAGCUUCUUGCUUGGGCACUGCUUCCAAAGUCAUCAAUCAGCUUGCCAUCUUCUACUAGAACAGUUAGAGCAAUCACGGAAGUUGAAGCCUUUGCCCUGCGGGCAGAGGAUCUCAAAUUUGUCGCUAACCAGUUUCGACGUCUCCAUAGCAAGAAGCUUCAACAUACUUUUCGGUUUUAUUCGUAUCACUGGAGAACGUGGGCUGCUUGCUUCAUUCAGGCAGCAUGGCGUCGCUUCAAAAGGAGGGUCAUAGCAAAGUCACUCAGCAUGCAGGAGUCUUUCUCGUUGACUCCCAAGAAGCCAGCGGCCGAAGAAGCCGAACAAGAAGAGGAAGAACAUAACAUUCCACGUUCCAAAUACUCUCAAGCAAAACAAAACCUUGGCGUCACAAUAUUGGCUUCAAGGUUUGCUGCAAACACACGCAGAGGAGCACAAAAACUGAAGGAUGUCGAAUUAUCGAAGCUGCGAAAGCCCGAUGAGCCAGACUUUUCAGAAGAACCAGAUGAUUAACUUGUCAUAAACCAGUUCAAGACAAGAUCCAUCUUAGAAACUAAACGCUCCAACUGUACCAUAAUAAGAAAUUGACUUGUACAUUAUUAUUACCUUUCAUUCAUUCAUUACUAACUCUUUGUAUUCUGAAUCUCUGAUAUUGGAACUCAAAA